AACACUUAUCGGUUUCCGGGUUACGGAGAAGAGAGGAUGGGAAAGAGAGGGCUAAGGACGGACUCUGUCAAAUGACAAAAGGCCAUUGAAUUGAAUGGGGAGACCCGUUCUAUUCAUUAUAUUUCUAUGGUUGACAUCCUUCAUCCGGGACACGGUUAGUCCCCCCUGCUUUGCAGACACGCGCUGACUCUCACGGUCUGUACGAUGACAUCACGGGGUAUAGGAAUGGCGGCUCUGGCUGAUGGAGGAAAGAGCCAAAAGACCCUGAAACUUUACUUCUAACAUAAUUAAGAAAGAUUUUAAAUUGAUUGAAACAACAUACGGUAACGGAAUAGAACCGGAAGAACUCGAAUUCCGGUUGAUUUACUGUUCAAUAGCGACGUCCAGUCUCGGAAGUUGACUACUGGCACUGCUGACUUCAGGCUAACGUUGUUAGUUAAGCUACCUGCUAAUAUCAUAUAGCUAGCUUGUUUAGCUAACGUUGGUAGCAACGUCAGUCAUUAUUUACUCACAUUUUAUUGAUUGAUAAAUUCAUAAUUAUCCGAAAUAAAUCAUUGUUCUAAUUAGUCGGCACGUAAUAUUGCUACUAGGCUAGUUUCUGAGGACAUUCACGAAGGUGAAAUACAAAAAAAUUAUACCCUUCUUGCCAUAGCUAGCUAACUACAGUAGUAUUUAGCUAAGCUGAGAAACUAGCAAAGCUGACCAGCAACGUCGCUCCUCUCGCCUUGUUGAGUCCAGUUAUCACAAGGAUAACAAAAUUAGUCUGCUGAUCGCGUACUUUUGAUGCCAUAAUGGAAAGUUUAACGUUAACUGAUGUGGAGCAGAAGUAUUACUCUGAUUUGUUCGUUUAUUGCGAUACGGACAACACCAAGAAAGUGGCUUCCAACGGCAAAGUUCUUGAUCUUUUCCGGGCGGCCCAGCUACCCAGUGAGGUUGUCCUGCAGAUAACAGAGCUCUGUGGAGCCACUCGCCUGGGCCAUUUUGGAAGGAGCCAGUUUUACAUUGCACUGAAACUCAUCGCUGUAGCCCAGUCUGGACUGCCUCUCCGGGUAGAGAGCCUCAAUUCUGUCAAGGACUUGCCUCUGCCUCGCUUUGUUGUGGCCAAAAAUGAGCAAGAGGCCAGACACACAGCCAUGUACCCUGACUUGGAGAACCAGGGGCCUUACCAGGGUGUGAUUCCACGACCCCCUGGCCGAGGGCAGGUCAAGAAGGUGUCUGCCCACGAGGUCAUCCAGCCCUGUGUGCCCACAGUAGAACCACAGCCCGACACCACAUCCCCAGUGGUAUCUCCCCACCAGUCCCCUCCCACCUCGCCUCAUGCCUGGAGAAAGCACAAACGGCAGGCAAGCGGGGGGAACGUGGAGAGACCUGCUGUGGUGGUGGCAGGUGCUGUCUGGACACCUUUCAGAGAAGCACAAUCAGGACCUGUGGUGGUAGGUGAUGGGAUGUGGUCUGCCCACUCACCUCCCCCCGUUCAGGAAAGCUGGGUCAGUUUGAAAGAUACUUAUCCCCCCUCCUCCAGCAAAAUGCCACCAAUGCAUCUCUCGCCGGUCCAGGAGAACUCUUCCAUACGAACGGUUGCAUCUGUUACUACAGCCAAUGAAAUCCAAAGACAGUCCAGUAGCAGUUAUGACGACCCCUGGAAAAUCACGGACGAGCAGAGGCAGUAUUACAUCAAUCAGUUCAAGACCAUCCAGCCCGACCUCAACGGUUUCAUUCCUGGUUCUGCUGCAAAAGAGUUUUUCACUAAAUCAAAGCUACCUAUUCUUGAACUGUCCCACAUUUGGGAGCUUUCGGAUUUUGAUAAAGACGGGGCGUUGACACUGGAUGAGUUCUGUGCUGCAUUUCAUCUUGUUGUUGCUAGGAAAAAUGGCUAUGACCUUCCUGAAAAGCUGCCAGAGAGUCUUAUGCCAAAGCUUAUUGACUUGGAUGACUCAGCAGAGGUUCCAGACCAGGCCCCUGAUGUCGGCUACUCGGGCUCCCCCGUGGAGGUGACCCCAAACAAGUCCCCCAUGCCCUCACUCAACCAGACCUGGCCUGAUCUCAACCAGGGCAACGAGCAGUGGGAGACUUUUAGUGAACGCUCCUCCAGCUCACAAACUCUGACCCAAUUUGAUUCUAACAUUGCACCAGCUGACCCUGAUACAGCUAUUGUCCACCCUGUUCCCAUCCGCAUGACCCCAAGCAAGAUCCAUAUGCAAGAGAUGGAGCUGAAGAGAACCGGAAGUGACCACACACAUCCUACCAGUCCCCUGAUGGCUAAACCACCUGAGCUCUCUGAAGAAACCAAGCUUGCCACCUCUAUGAAGUUUGUAACAGCUAACUCUGGUGAUGGUUAUAGCAGUUCAGAUUCAUAUACUUCAGAUCAAGACCCAAUUACAAGUGUUGUAACAAGACAAAGGUCUAAUUCUGGGACCUCUCCUGAAGGUCUAAAGGUGGCGUGCCCCCCACCACCCCCUCCCAGGCCCAACGCCUCCCACUCCCGCUCCUCCUCGCUAGACAUGAACAGAAACUUUGCCGCUCACCCCGCAGGGCCACAGCAAUCUGGAGUCGUGGCCUGUCCUCCAGCCAUACCUCCUAGGCCGCUACCCACACAGACCUCUGGUCCUCAUAGUGGGCAUCGCUCGGAUGAGGGCCUGGCAGCUCACUCCACUACCUCGCCCCAGCAGAUACCAGAGCAGCCCAACUUCGCUGACUUCAGUCAGUUCCAGGCGUUCGCUGCCUCAGAUCAGCCCAGUGACAACGGGGAGAAGCACCCAGAGAGUCUGCCAGUAGAGAAGUCUACAGAAGGGGCUGGGCCUUUGAGAACUGUGAAGAUUGACAACCAGGAAGAGAGAGCUGCAGCUACUGUGAACUCUGCCAAAGGGUCCAUCAUGGCCCCCCCACCCAAACCUGUCCGCCGGAGACUGAAAUCCGAGGAUGAACUCCAGGAUGAAACCCUCCCCCCGAAGUCUAACGUCAUAGCCACUGUUCUAGCUACACUGCCAUCCAUUCCCAGGUCUGUUGGUAAGGAUAAAAAAGCAAUUCAAGCCUCUAUCAGAAGAAACAAGGAAACCAACACAGUUUUGGCCAGACUCAACAGUGAAUUACAGCAACAGCUAAAGGACUUACUAGAAGAGAGGAUAUCUUUGGAGGUUCAACUGGAACAGCUCAGACCAUUUUCCCAUUUGUAACCUGUGUGUGUGAGGAGGACAAGUUCAUGAGAGAAGAUAGGAGAGACCUGAAGGGGCCUUUUGUGUGAUGCACAUGUUAUCUCCACUGUCCAUUCCCUCUGCAUUCUGCUGUCUCUUCUGUGGGAACCAGAUGGACUGACCGACCGUCUGUCUGUCGGACGGUCUGCCUGACGGUCUGACAGUCUGCCUGACAGUCUGCCUGACGGUCUGACAGUCUGUUUGACGGUCUGUCUGUCGGACGGUCUGACUGUCGGAUGGACGGACAGUCGGUCGGUCGGUCUGACUGACGGGCUGACUGACGGACUGACGGUCGGUUUGCAACAACACACCCUGACUCGCCCUCAUCAGACAGAACAGUCUUUCCAAAGGGGCUGGGUUAGGAAUGUUACAAAUAUUGGCACUUUUAUUUAUCAAAGAAAUAGCAAAGAUUAUUCUGGAUGUCAAUCCCUUAUACUAUAUCACAGGCCCCGGUGCCAGACUGACAGGCACUGAACUGGAACUUGAGUCAUGGGGUACUGAAGGCCGAGUUCCCUCCCUCAUUCUUCCCCAUGAUGACAAGUGUCCAGUAGAGGAGCACUCUGGGGUCUGCCUGUGCUGUGUGGGCCUGGUCUCCUGGGACCUGUCGAGGACAGAUAAUCAUGCCAGUGAAGGCAUUGUGAGGAGUCUACAGGAGAUGACUCUAUCCUGGAGCGCUUUGGACUGAUCAUGUGACAGGAAUGAAUUCAUGUUCCAGUUUAUUACAGCAUCCCGCUACGCGGAGGGCUAUUCUGUCCAUGUGCGUCUCUGUAUACAUGUGUGCUGUAUGUAUGGUGUGUGUUUGGAUUUAUUUGGGCACGCAAUGGUUACAUAAACGGCAUGAUGAAAUGAGUGUGUAUGUAUAAUUUUUUUCUUCCACUAGUCUUCUGCAAUUUAAUCUGUAACAAAAUGAGCUGUGUUACUAUGUGAAGUGAUUGACCCUCAGAUUACAGACCACAUUUUUGUUUUUGCUCCUGGCUCUGUAGUUGCUCAUGCUGAUGCUGCCUGUGCCUCCUUAUGGUACAUAAAUUGAAUCAGUCCUGCCCCAAACACAAGGUUCCCUGUGAGAUAUGAUAACCAACUAUGGAAGCGAGACCAGAAUGAAACGACUGCACUUUUCCCCUGUUUUUUUUGUCCACCCCCCGCAUGUUGUUCAUGCUCUUAUCUAGUAUGAAGACAGUGCUUAAAUACAAACCACUUGAUUUCUACCUGUAUACGGUAUCUUACCUAGUCUGACAUUUGCGUUGGUACCUACACCUUGUAUAACUGUCUUUUUGUUUUUCUGGAACUUCUUGUGUUUUCUUAAUUUCUUAACCUGUCUUCAAAAGCCUUACUCCUGGCGUUCAGGUUUCCACUGUAAUCUAUUCUCCCUGUAUUGAACCAAGUUGAGCCUUCUUUUCCCUGCUGUUCAGGUUGAUGUACUGUAUAAGGGGUAUGUUGUAUAUUGUAUAUGAUACACACCUUUUGAUCUCAUAUGUACAUUUGCAUUAAUUGCUGACUAACAGCAAAUAUUCUAUUUAAUUGCUUAUAUUAUGGCUGUGUGAUCAUAGAUGUUUAACUGCAUGGAUGUAUCUCUGCAGAAUGAACUAGCAGCUGUGUGAUUUUUACACAAAAUAAAAACUGCACAAUAUUUUAA